CGGUAUCUAAUCAGCACAAAGAAGACCAUUGUGCGAACGAGUCGGAAUUUUUUUCCACCUGAGAAAAACAUCAUCCAGGAAGAUGUCCGAGGGCCAAGAAGAACAGCCCCAGACCAUUGAGGCUCCGGAGAAGAUCGUUUUGGCCACAAAAGUUUCAGGAACAGUCAAGUGGUUCAACGUCAAGAAUGGCUAUGGGUUCAUCAACCGAGAUGACACCAAGGAGGAUGUAUUCGUCCAUCAGUCGGCCAUUGUAAGGAACAACCCACGCAAGUACCAGCGCAGUGUUGGUGACGGAGAAGUGGUAGAGUUUGACGUUGUAGAAGGAACCAAGGCCAAGGGCAAUGAAGCCGCCCGAGUGACUGGUCCUGAGGGUGCCCCAGUAGUAGGGAGCAAGUACGCGGCCGACAAGCGCCGUUACCGCGGCCGCCCCCGCUACUACCGCCGUCGCAGACCCCGUAACUCGCAGGGAGAUGAGGAGGAGAUUCCCUCGGACGAGAAGGAGGGAGGAGAAGAGAACGACGGUCCCAAGGAGGGGAGGAGACAGUACCGUGACGGAGGUAGGGGAGGCUAUCGUGGUGGUCGUCGAAGGUAUAGAGGUGGACGUAGACCAAGACCGGGCCAGGAUGGAGCACCGCCAGACGGGGAGCAAAAUGAAGAGGAAGGCGAGCGACAGGAUAGGGAAGGCGAUGACAAGUCAAACAGCAACCGCCGUCGCCGAUACCGUCCCAACCAGAGAUAUAACAACCGCCGCCCCAGUCCCGUGGCGACCAGAAUGAGGAAGGUGGUGAUAGGGAGAACGGGGAAGGAGGUGAGGAGAGGGAAGGUGGCGAGGAUCAACAACGUAGGAGGCCAAGACGUCCUUACCGUCGUCGCUACAACAAUCGUAAAGGUGCCCCAACAAGGACGGGGAAGGGGACCAAGGAGGAGAGAACCAAGGAGGGGAGAACCAAGGAGAGAACCAAGGGGAGACAGGAGGAGGCCGGAACGAGCCCUCGGACAGACCGGUCAUCAAGGAGGAGCCAUCUGCUCCAGCAGAUACCAAGGCCAGCAUCAAGGUUGAAGAGUAGAAGGAGUUAACCACCAAGAAGCACUGCACCCUGCCUUGUAGCAUUUCACCUAGUAAAUCAUCAUCGGCACAGUCAUCGAAGUUAGACAGACACUGCUCACCAGCGAUGCAAGAACAAACAUCAGCAACAAGUUACAACACCAUGGACAAAUCAUUUUUGCUUUUUCCUUGAUUUUACUUGAAUUCAAGUAUCUUCAUUGCGUCUCUGGAUUUUACCAAGCACCAGACUACAAAGAAAGUCACGUUAUCAAAAUUCUUUGCAGCAAUGCAUCAUUGACUUCUAGUAUUUGUUAUCAUUAUGUGAAAUAUACAAGGCCUUCAUGAACUAACCAUAUUGCUCAACAAGCGUAUGGACCGUUUUUUUGUCACUUGUAUCAAAGCUCUACACUGAUGACCUAUCUGUCAAUCGAUUUGCAACCUUCCAAAUAAAAAUCUGGCUCUCUUUUUAAUUUACCAUUUUAAAUGAGUACAGGAGAGUAAACAUUGGAAAGAUAAGAAAAGAGGAAAAGAGCACAGCUACCAAAAUCUUUCCUUUUUUAUGUUGCGUUAUUCUAUACUUCUCGAUUUGUUUGUGGGCAGUGUCGACUGUAUAUUCUAGGCAGGUGCAAGUUAUGGUAUUAAUUCGUAUUAGUUGAAAGGAGUUUACAAUCAAAGGAAAAAGGAAAGAAGAUACCAAAGUAGAUCUAAAAUCUUGUAAAGUAACAUCUAGAAGGUACAUUGUAUGACCUUUACCUGUUUGAUUUGCCUGAUGUAAUACCUGCGGCUAUCACUAUCAGUUGCUGACAUUUUGAAAAGAAAAUUUUGCUUUCAAUUCAUUUUCUUCUUUUUUCAAUUCUUUUUGACAAAGUUGUCUUUUGGAAAUAAUUUAUUAAACUAUUUUUAAAAUAUUUUAUAUUUUAUAUAUUCUUUCUAGUUUUUCCAAUGAAAAAGAAAUAUGAAUUGUAGAAAACAGAGAAAAAUGCUGAAAUAGCCAUUUUACAGGCAUAUGUAAUUUUUUUUGUUAAAAAUUUAUUUUCAAUAUUUGAUGAGGAAACAGAAGAACUCGCUGUCAGUGAAUAGCAGGCAGGUAUUGCUGAUUAAUACAGGCAUAUAUUUUUCUCGAAUGCCUCAGCAUAAGUUUAACACACGGAAUUAAAGACCUUUCUAAUAACAGUAUGCAUUAUUCAUGUUAGUUUUAAGACUCGUUAAAAAGCAAAGAAAACGUCCUUAAGAUCAAAGUUUAACAUACCAUCUUGAGUCUUAAAUUUUGCUUAUCGCCUCUCUUGUGACGCAGACCAUCAUGAUGACACAGGAUGAUGGUUGAUCGUUGCAAGCUCAAGAAAACAAGACCCUUAUUUGAGCAAA